AUGAUCAAACUCCUAAAAAGGGCUUUUAGCAUACUAGGACCACAAUCUGCCAAAGAUCAAGGUAAGCUAACAGUGGUUUUGGACUUAGAUGAAACUCUUGGCUAUGUAUAUCACCCAGAAGACGUAUGUGGGUAUCAAUAUCAGCCAGAUAUAAAAGAAGAUGCAGUGAUUGAUUUAAAAACACACAAAACUCAGCUGUUCAUAUAUAAGAGACCUCAUCUACAAGAGUUUCUAGAGCUGCUUGAUGAACACUUUGAACCAAUUCUCUGGUCAACUGGCGAAAAAGAGUACACCGAUCUUGUAGCUGAUGUGAUUGACCCUAAAGGGAUAUUUAGACAAAGGCUUUACCAAGAUGACUGCACCUAUCAAAGAGUCUGGAACUACCCUCAGUAUGAAUUUCUUAAAGACAUAAGAGCACUUCGAAAUGAUGUAUCUAGAACAGUGAUUAUUGACGAUGAUUGGCAAGGAAUGUAUUUUCAGCCUGAUAAUUAUUUGAAUAUCGACAAAUUCGAAGCUUAUUAUCAAGACGAUUGGCUAAAGAAUGAUAUUCCAAGAUUUUUAAUGGAAAUGAAAGAUUUGCCUGAUAUAAGACCGUAUUUGAGAGCGAGGUUCAUGAUGAAAUAUGCAUGGGCAAAGGAAGGGCAGCUAUAUGAGCUGACAGAUGAAGAUGUGCAAUGGGCAAAAUAUAUGGGGAAGUAUAAUCACACUCACUAUAAAGAAUUAAAGUCAAAAUAUGAUCAGCUAUUCGAGCCAGGCCACAAACUUCUUCCAAGCAAUAAGUUAUGGUAA